AUCCGAUUAUUUAGAAUUCAUUUUGAAAUAUGAAUUUGAAACCGACUAUUCUGUUAUUCACUAUUCUGUUUCUCAAAUGUGCCACUUUCGAGGUAAACGAAGAAACUGAAAGAAUAGUUGAGGAUGCUGUGAUGAGAGCACUGGAUUCACGGGCAAGUGAAAACUCGGAAUCUGAGCAAACGUCUCAACAUAUUAUUGUUUCGCAACAAGCUAACUCCGACUCGAAGUCUGCACAGUUUACUGGGGAGGUUUUGGAAGAAGCAACAAGAAUAUUGGUGCGAGAAUUUGGACUGGAAAUCCUCCCAGCUGCCAAUGAAGUCAUUGAAAGAUGGAGAAAUGAGGAGGAAGAAUUAUUGCAAUCUUCUGAAACAACAACUACAACAGAACAUCCUGAUCCCACCCGUUCCAAACGAAGUGCUAUAUUCCGAUCGAAAAGACAAGCAAAUCGCCGAUGCUCUUCUCCACCAAUUAACUGCAAUAACCGAUUCCAUACUUCGAUUCGAUCAAUCACAGGGCUUUGCAAUAAUCGUCAAAACUCUGAUCUUGGGAACUCAGUCUCACCACUCCGCCGAAUUCUGGGAGCUGCAUCAUAUGCCGAUGGGUUGGGAAGAAUUAGAACUCGAAGUGUUAAUGGAGGAGAACUACCGUCUGCUAGGCUAAUAUCAAAUCGAAUUCAUGACGAUAGAAACAACCAAGUGUUCUCUCCAAGUAUCAAUCAUCUUCAUAUGAUUAUUGGUCAAUUUAUUGCUCAUGAUGUUGUUUUCAUGCCAUCUUCUGUUGCUCGAGAUGGAGGGGCAUUGGAUUGCUCUGCGUGCAACUCUCCACAACGUGUUUCUCCUAACUGUGCUCCAAUCACAAUUCCACGCAAUGACCCAUACUUCAACACCCCUUGUAUGAGAUUAACACGGGCUCUCAACGGCCAAGAAAACUUUGGAGUUCGGUCUCAAAUUGGUCAGAACAGUCACUUUUUGGAUCUUUCCCCUGUCUAUGGUUCUGCUGAUUGUGAAGCAGAAACUGUUCGAUCUUUCCAGGAAGGUAAAAUGUUGACGUUUGAUGAUCUGGGAUACACACUUCCACCUCAAAAUGCGAACGACUCAAACUGUCAAUCAUCGGCUCCAUUUCAUUGUUUCACGUGUGGAGAUUUUAGAAAUAGUCUUCAUCCUGCACUCAUUCCAGUGCACACGAUUUUAAUCAAAGAGCAUAAUCGCCUUGCUGAGCAAGUGAGAGUUGCUCGCCCACGCUUCAACGAUGAACAAAUCUUUCAACUUGUUCGUAAAAUUAUGAUCGGAAUGUGGCAACACAUUGUCUACAAUGAGUACAUUCCAAAGUAUCUUCCAAGAAGAACAAUUCGAAAUUUUGCAUUAAGACCCUUGAGAAAUGGAGUUCAUCGUGGAUACAGUACCAGUGUAGAUCCAUCUAUAUCCGCAGAGUUUGCUGGAGCAGCAUUCAGAUUUGGACACAGUCAGUCGAGAUUUGAUUUCCCAAGACUUACUGAAAAUGGAAGACCUGCUGGAAAUUAUGAUCUUGGUAAUGAUAUCUUUUAUGCCGAUCAAAUGUAUUUGACUAGAAUCGGAGGUUGGGAACCUGUAAUGAACGGCAUGGUUCGUAUGCCCGCUAUGAAGUCCGAUCGUUAUUUUUCAUUUGGAAUCAGAAAUCAAAUGUUUGAAAUUCGCGGUAGAAAUGGGUCUGGAGUGGAUUUGGUUUCAAUUAAUAUUCAAAGAGGAAGAGAUAUGGGUCUGUUCCCUUACAUUCAAUACAGACAACUCGUUGGUCUUCCAACCGUCACUAGUUUCAAUGAGCUAAACACCACAUUCUCUCAAGAAAAUAUUCAAGCAUUGAGAAAUGUGUAUUCUGAUCCAGCUGAUAUCGAUUUGUAUGUGGGAAUUAUGCUCGAGGAACCACUGUCUGGUGGACAGCUUGGUCCAACAGCUUCAUUUAUGAUUGGAGAGCAAUUCAGAGCAUUGAAGAGAGGAGAUAGAUUUUUCUAUGAAAGUAUCGCAGAGGGCACUGAUAACUUUACACAAGAAGAAAUCAGUGAGCUUCGAAACAAAACUUCAUUGGCAAAAAUUAUCUGCACUAACAUGGACUUUGCUGCUAGAAUCAAUACAGAUAUUUUCGAUCACCGAAGCAGACAAGUGGCAUGCACUUCUCUUCCCCAACUCGAUAUUGACAGGUUUCUCCGAUAGAUGUCCGAACUGUCGA